GCUACGCUACUUCUGUAGAGCUAGCGUUAUAUAGUACGGUUAGCUAGCUGGCUAUUGGCGCUUUUCGUUUACCUCGGAAGUCGGAGCUGGGAAUGAUCACAACCGAGUUAAGUGUGCUCCAGUUUCAGUACCAGUUGAGUCAGAUUAGCCGUUGUUGGCCAUUGUUAGCAAUACCAAUGUAAAGCAACGCGUUAUCUGGUAUUUUGCGCAUACAAGCACUGUAGCAACAUGUUCACAGGUAAAGAUCACAUCAUCUUUGUGACCAAGGAAGACCAUGAGACACCCAGCAAUGCUGAGCUGAUUGCAGAUGACCCCAAUGAUCCUUAUGAGGAGCAGGGCCUGAUCCUACCAAAUGGAGACAUCAACUGGAACUGCCCAUGCCUGGGCGGCAUGGCCAGUGGGCCGUGUGGCUCUCAGUUCAAGGAGGCCUUUUCCUGCUUCCACUACAGUAAGGAAGAGGUGAAGGGCUCUGAGUGCAUUGACCACUUCCGUAACAUGCAAGAGUGCAUGCAGAAGUACCCUGAGCUGUAUCCUCAGGAGGAAGAUCAAGAAAGCUCCACCCAGACAGAGUCAAAUACUGGUUCUGCCUCUGUUGCUCCGACCGAGGGCUCUGCCUCUCCUGAAAGUGACUCUACCCCAGCAACUUCAAGUGUCUCAACUGACAGUGCAUUAGCAACAGACAACCAGACUGCCAGCUAAGGUUAAACACUCAUCAUCCACAGGAUUUUGCUGUCUGCGUGUAAGCACUGUCCAGCAUAAAUGACUCUCCAUGAGGAGCUUUGAUUGGUUCUUUUACCUUUUUAAGCCUACGCUGAGGGCCCAUGUGCGUUCACACAUAUGGAUACAAAGUAGUCGGCAGUGUCUGGCCUCCCUUGGCUCAGUAGUUCUGGGGAUCUGUGGUGUUGAGCGUGUAACUUACAUACCUUGCUACCACUGGACAGUUGUUUUUCUGGUGUCCACCAUAGCCAGACAUGGCAACAAUGAUGGCAGUUUGUUUCCACACACACAGUUCUUCUUUUAUACACCCGAGUUACUGGGACAUACAAGACAUGGCAGAGAAUUGGGAAGCUGGAGCCCGUGGUCAUAAGCUUUUCCACUCACUGUCCCAGCUUUCUGCAUCUGUAUGUGUGAAUGUAUACAUAGAGUAACACAGCUCUGACACUCAUGGGCAAUAUUUACAAGGGCCAUCAGAGGAAGACUGAAUGCAGAGCAACGUAGCGCAUGUACAAAAGUGUAGGCUGCUUUGUUUGCUGAGCACUCAAAAAUCAGCGAAUGAUAUGGUUUAAUGACAGUGGGCCAACAUGUGGACUGAAGGGACAUUAGCGGAAAGACACUAUUUGCAGCAGGUAAAUUAAUUUUUGUGUUUGUCCAAAGAGCAGAUCUUUGUGUGUGUUGUCCUGGUAAUGUUACUGGUCAGGAUUAUCACUUAGCACUGAUUUAUUACUAUUUAAUUUGACAAGUCUAAGAAGUAACCACUAGAUUUUAAAAAAUGUGAACAACGUUCAGCUUUUCUUUACAACUUACCUCUACUCGAGACAGCUUUAAAUCUUAACAGUUGAAUCCAUUUGCUUGAGAGACCAAAACACAGGUCAUUGGUAAUAAACCAAGGCUGCUGUUGUAGCUUCUGUGCAGUGGACAUUACAUCAGUCUUAACACAGAUGGUUUUAACUGUUUGUCGACAUCUUGCAGAAACGUCUGGGUCUCCAUCUACAGUACAUCUGUUCUCAUAUGAAUAAUGGCUUUUUUUUUUUUUUUUACUGAGACUGCGUCUGUCCUAGACCAAAGUGGCUUGUCAUGUUUCACUGACGCUGCGUAAUGUUUUUGUUGUCUCACUAUUGUCUAGAGUCGCCAUCUGGAUGUUGUGGCCACCAUUCAGUGUCAUUCAGGCCUUAAAUGACUUAAUGGUUUUUCCUCAAACAUGUCUAGAUUAAAAUUGUCAAUUUCAGCUUC